CGGACUCCCCGCCGAGUACAGUGAGGGCUCGAUCCCACGGCCUUGAGAUCAUGACCUGAGUUGAAAUCAAGAAUCGGGUUCUCAACCGACUGAGCCCCCUGGGCAGCCCUUGGGUUUUCUUAAAGGGUUGAGUUGAGGGUAUGGAAGAUUAACUUGGCUUCCCCGGAUUUGGGGGGAGGGCUAUGGGGGAGCCUCCGCUGUUCACCCAGCUUGGGCUGGCCCCUGGCUCUCAGGCCCGCAGGAGUCCUUCGAAGCGAUCACGGGUAGCGAAGGCCCAGGACAGAAGAGGGGAAUAAGGCGAAGAGGAAAAAGCCAGGAGGAGAGAGGGAGGGAGUGGAGAGGACAGGCAAGCGGCCUGCUGGGGGCUGCAGGGGAGGGAGUGGCGAGCAGCUCAUCGGUUUAAGAAAAGGCGGCGGCGUCCUAGCUCUCCUGCCCUGGCCGCGUCCUCUAGCCCAGACCUUCGGUUCGGUGGCCGCUCACCGUCAAGCUCCCUGGGAGGGGGGAGUCCAGGCAGGGGACCUGGCGCAGGCCGGGGAGAGCCGCGGGGGAUCGCAAGACCGUCCACGAACAGCUAAUCUGGGCGAAGCCAGAGCUCAGAGCCCGAGUGACCGGGACAAGAUGGAAGAGGCCCCCCAUCCCUCGGCACAGAAGCGCCCAGAAAAAUUGGGGGGGAUAUGGAGUCAUUUGACUCCUUCCAGAAGAGUCUGUUCCCCCCUGAGUGUUUACUUCUAGAUUUUGAAAUUUUCAAACCGACAGAAAAGUUGAAAGGGCCGGCAAUCCACCCUGUGUGGGCCCUUCGCCCGGACUCACCGAUUCUUGACAUUGGCGGCUUUUACGUGCUCUCUCUGUCUUCUCCCGAUCGUGCGAAAGUAGGUUACGGCCGCGUCGGCUCCUGGCCCCGCGCUCAUCGGCAUCUGCGGACGAGGCCCUCGGGCCGUUCCCGCCGUGACCAGGUCACCACGGCCCAGGACUUUAGCCCCGGCCCAAUAACGUUAGCUGAUGAAGCGCUCGCGUUCAGACCCCCGACUGUCCCGAGAACGCCUGCUGUCGCCGAGUCCCCCUCUAAGGAUCGUGCACGGCGUUCCGUGGCCGCGUCCCUCGGGUCCCCUUCCAUCUGGUCUUUUGGUGUUUCUUGUAACUGGCGUUUUGAAGAGCCCGUGGCCCAUGUCCUGUAAAGCGCCCCGCGGUGUGACCAUGCCCGCUGGUCUCCUCCACGGACCGGAUUCCGCGAGCAGACGGCGGGACGCGUGCCCUGAACCCGCUGGUGCAGCACCCGGAAAGGCACGCUUGUUAGCUUGUCCUUUUUUGAGGGACCUUCCGUUGGGUCACCAGAUUUCUCCAUUGCAGACGUGUCUUUCCCCUUCGUGAUGGGCGCGUCGUCUGCGGAGAUGCCGCAGGACUGAAUACGCCACCGCGGCCGCCGACGGUCCUGGCCGGGAGCAGAGGUGACACUGGAAUCCCGAAGCCCGUCAGCCCUGGUGUGAGGCCCCAGUGUGCACCGGCCCGAGCGGGUGGCCCCACGGGGCGUCGUCCGGGUGCUGGGGGGAUGCCAUCAGCACCAGUGGAAAAGCAGAUUUCCCUCAGUGCGAAGCUCAUUGCCCAGAUUCAUCGCCCACCCAUCCGGCCACCCGAGACCCCUCCACCCACCGAGCCGACACUUAUGGGGCCUCCACGCUCCCGGCUCCUUUGGUCCAGGAGCCCGCAGGCCGUUAUCAGAUGAGUUCUGCAUUCGAGGAGAGGGGAGCGGGCAGGUCCCCAGGAGCACAGGGGCGCAGCCACCCCAGCUGGGGCGUCUCCGGGUCCUGGAAAGCUUCUGUCUCCAGGUGGUGUUUCAGCUGAAACCCGGAGGAGGAGCAGGAGCUGGUGGGGGGGCGGGGUCCCCAAGCCUGGCGUGCUCAGCGCACAGCCGGACAUCGGUGUGGCAGGUGCUCGAGGCCCCAGGUCGUGAGGGAGCCCGGGAGGGGGCGGGCAGGACGUGGCCUCUCCGCAGCUCCGCGAGUGUCCACUUUGCUCGGGGAGGCAGGAGGGAGGAAACAGUUCCCGGGGUGAGUGUCCCAACCCCACAGCCCUUCUCGGGCAGGUGUGUCAUUUCUGGCCCAGCUCAGGCCCAGCUCACCCCACAUGGCCCUGCGCUGGGGGAGCUCCCUCUUUGUCCCCUGUCCUGCCGGAUGGAGCCUGUGCCUCGGCUCAGCCCUGCCCCCUCUGCCGGGCCUUUGACAGCAUCACCCCCGGAGCUUCUGGUCCUUUCAGCCAGCAGGUCACACUGUGCUCCCGCCUCUGGGGAGUGCUCUGGUGCUGGGGGGCCCCGGCGUGGCCCGACCCACUCAGGGGGUCCGGACGGCUGGAGGGGCUGCUCCCUCCCCGGCCCCUUCUCCAGGCUGAGGCCGCCCCUGGGGUUCUGGUCACCUCGGGUGCCCUGGGGUGGCCCCGCCGCAGGGUUGGCCGUUAUGGCCAGUUUGGCUGAAAGGGGCUCCCGAGGAUGAGGACGAGGGCGGGCAGCUCAGGAGUCACCUGGCCCCGGCCUGGCUGCACCCGACUGGGUCCUGCCGGCUGCUCUGCCUUGGUCGGAAGCAAUCCCGGGGCAGAGCGUCCUCGUCCUGUCCACGACCGUAAACCCCCGCCUCGCGACACACGCAUCCCCCCAAACCACCCACACCACACCCCCGUGACUCGCACUCUGCAGCGCCCGCGCCCCCCCAGCAGCCGGACCUCGGUGUCCCGCCCACGGCAGGUGAGGUCAGCAGGUAAGGUCAGCGUCCCCGAGCUUGGCAUAAACAAGCCAACGGAAUCCUUGCAGCCGCUCCGCGCAGGGUUUACUGCAUCCCCGAGCUGCGAGGUCUCACAGGAGACGGCCACGCCCUCGUCCCCGGUGUGCGCGUGUCCCCGUGGCCUGGACAGGGUGAUGACCCGCGGGCCCCCUCCAUCCCCCUCCUUCCUCCACCUCCACCUCCGGGGAUGGGGCAGCGACAGGCGACAGGCAACAGGGCCUCAGCCAGGGCCCUUCUCUCCAGCAGACAGUGCGGUUGCCACAGUGACGAUCGUGGGUUCCCAGCUCCCCAAGGACACAGCCCACCUGCCAGGACCCUGCUGCCUGCCGCCCCCCACCCCCGCCGGGCUGCGGCUGCUCAGCCUGUGUAGGCGGAGAAAACCCCAGAUCCAGCAGCCCAGGUUCAGGCCGCGCUCAUCUGCUCCCACCCCCGCUCCCCUCUCCCCAGGCCAGAGGGUCCUGUCCACAGGGCGCCCCCACGUCCUAAGGGGCCUCAGUAGCCGACCGGGCCCCUGGCCCUCAGCCGCUCUCCCUCUGCUACCCUCUUCCGUCUGGGGACAGCCUGGGGUGUGUGCGGGGGGUCCCCCAGGGGCAGCGGGGUCUCCGGGGUCCCCGGGGAAGCAGCCACAUGGCAGCAGAGCUCUGUGCUGGGCGGGGAGCCUCAGGGAGCUCUGGGGCUUAUGCUCUCUGGAGGGGACCUGCCUGGCCCUGGCCCUGCCUGGGGGAGCUGGUGACGGGCCACGGUGAGACCUGGGGGCUGGGCUGCCCAGUGGCUGGGAGGCGUCCCGGUGGCUCAAUCCUGUCGGUCCUCCAGGACUGCAUCGUCCCCUUGGCCCAGAGCCUGGGCUGCGCAGGUCGGCCCGGGGGCCUCCGGGCGAGGGGGCGCCUCCCUAAACCCCCUGUGUCCAGGCAGGAGGUGUGGAGGCGGAUGCCCCCCCGCCCCCAUGUCGUACGUAGAAUGUAGCACUUGGGACUCUUGAGGUGCGAGGGGCGGUGGUCGGUUGGCACAGUCGAGCCGGGGGGCGGCAAGCGGGGCGCAGAGGGGCCGCGGCUCCGGGACGGUGCUCUGGGUGCUUGGCCUUGGGUGUCGGGGCUCCCGGUGGGAGGGGGGCCCUGGGGCAGCCGAGGCGGAGGCGACCUGCCCUGGGCAGUGGGUGAGGGCCUCGCGAAGCCUCCUUCCCAGACGGCGGGUCCUGGGUGCGGCGGCCUCCGCAGGGAGGAGGAGGGAAGGGAGAGAGCAGGAUGGAGCAGCA